UUGUCUUUUUCCUCGGAUUCAGAGCCAUUUAUAUGAUUGGUUUGCUUCUCCACCUUUCACUCAUCUUCUCCUACUCUGCUCUCUCUUAUAACAAGCAAAGACUUGUGGCUUUCUCUCUCGCUCUUCGUUUUGCUCUGUUUUUCACCAAUGGCUAGUGUUUGGAGGAGGUUGCUGAAGACAGAGACGAUCCCUCGCAUCAGCCAAAGCACGAGGAAGCUCUUCUCCACCGACGGAUCUUCUUCUUUCGCUGAAAGACUCAGAAACCUUCCCAAAGAGUUCCCUGCAACUCAGGCCAAAGGCGAUGCUUCUCUGCUCAUCGGAAGAACUCCACUCGUGUUCCUCAACAGAGUCACUGAAGGCUGUGGAGCUUAUAUUGCUGCCAAGCAAGAACAUUUUCAGCCUACUUGUAGCGUCAAAGACAGACCAGCUUUAGCUAUGGUUGCAGAUGCAGAGAAGAAAAACCUUAUCACUCCUGGAAAAACAACAUUGAUAGAGCCAACUUCAGGAAACAUGGGAAUAAGUAUGGCUUUCAUGGCGGCUUUGAAAGGGUACAAGAUUAUAAUGACAAUGCCUUCUUACACAAGUUUGGAGAGGAGAGUGACUAUGAGGUCCUUUGGUGCUGAGCUUGUCCUCACUGAUCCAACCAAAGGAAUGGGUGGAACAGUUAAGAAAGCUUAUGAUCUCCUUGAGAGUACUCCUGAUGCUCAUAUGUUGCAACAGUUUGCUAAUCCAGCAAACACUCAGAUACAUUAUGAUACAACUGGUCCUGAGAUUUGGGAAGAUACACUUGGGAACGUUGAUAUCUUUGUGAUGGGAAUUGGCAGUGGAGGCACUGUCUCUGGUGUUGGCCAAUACCUUAAAUCUAAAAACCCAAAUGUCAAGAUAUAUGGAGUGGAGCCUGCUGAAAGCAACAUACUCAACGGUGGCAAGCCAGGUCCACAUGCUAUCACAGGGAAUGGGGUUGGAUUUAAACCGGAUAUAUUGGAUAUGGAUGUUAUGGAGAGCGUUCUUGAGGUUAGUAGUGAGGAUGCUAUAAAAAUGGCUAGAGAAUUGGCAUUAAAAGAAGGUCUCAUGGUUGGGAUAUCAUCAGGGGCUAACACCGUGGCAGCAAUUAAACUGGCCAAAAUGCCAGAGAACAAAGGCAAACUCAUUGUGACGAUUCAUGCGAGCUUUGGAGAGAGAUAUCUGUCGUCUAUUCUGUUUGAUGAGCUGAGGAAAGAAGCAGAGGCGAUGAAGCCAGUUUCAGUAGACUGAUUUGGUUUUGGUUGAUGAAGAAAAGGCUCUUUACUAUUAUAUCUUAUCCAGGGAGCAAAAUAUUGUGACAGCCUAUAAAAUAAUGUAAUGGACAAUAUUUGUUUGUUUUAUAUCAGUUUUUAUAUUGAUGUUGGAUAUUGCAAGAAUAAUUUAUGUUAAUGUGGGAUAUUGGAAAUAAAAACACUUUGUGGCUCA